AAAAUAACGUCACUUCCGCUUAUACAGGAAGAACACUACGGUUCUACUAACUAACUAACGGUGUGAGGAGAUGCCGAAGUUUUAUUGUGAUUACUGUGACACGUACUUGACUCAUGAUUCGCCUUCCGUAAGAAAAACGCACUGCAGUGGACGCAAGCACAAGGAGAAUGUGAAAGACUACUACCAGAAAUGGAUGGAGGAGCAAGCACAGAGCCUCAUUGAUAAAACCACUGCUGCUUUUCAGCAGGGCAAGAUUCCGCCCACGCCCUUCCCUGGAGCCCCACCCCCAGGCGGAGCCAUGAUACCCCCUCCGCCCAACAUAAGUGGUCCACCGCGCCCUGGAAUGCUACCAGCGCCCCCUAUGGGUGGUCCUCCCAUGAUGCCUAUGAUGGGCCCGCCUCCACCUGGGAUGAUGCCUGGUGGACCAGAAACUAGAAAAGAACAGCUGAUCCGAAUCGGACCAGACUGUGGCAUCUUCCCACGCUUCCACCUGGAGCCAGCCCCAGGCAUGCGACCGCCAAUGGGAGGCCAUAUGCAGAUGAUGCCCGGACCGCCCAUGAUGCGCCCUCCAUCUCGCCCCAUGAUGGUGCCCAUCAGACCUGGCAUGGUGCGGCCCGAUCGAUAGGCGCCGCCGCCCUCGCCUCCUGAGACAUGACUGCUGCUGCUGCAACCCACCACCCACCGAUCUGGAGUUUAGUGCAUUUUCUGAUGGCGGGUGAACACCUCCUCGCUCCACUUGGUUUCACUGUGUGUACCAGGUUUUCAUUUGAAGUUUUGACAAGCUUUUUGGGUGCCAUGAUUUUAAUGUUUCUUUUUUUUUUUGUUUUUUUUUUAUUUUGUACUGUGUUGAGUGAUAAAUUAUUUGAAUCCUGUUGUGCAAAAUGUUUUUUUUUCCCUGUGUGAACAGUUUCAGCCCAAAAAGCUGAAGAAUAAAUUGUGAAACAAAAGGAGUGUCUUGGGUCUGGCAGCUAUAAGAUGCUUUUGUUCUGUGCUUAUGUAUCUUUAUUUUGUCACUUCAGUGAUGUUGUAUGAAGCUUCAAUUUCUUUCUCUGACAUUUCCUAAGUAAUGGAAAAGAUUGACAUUUAUUUGCAAAAGCUGUGGUGCAGGUACAAAGUGGAUCAUAGAUGGGUUUGUAAUGUUGUACUUGCCAUGUUGUCCUCAGGUCACAUUUUUGCUGUCAGUUUUAAAUGAGACUACACUACUCAUUACAUUAUUGAGUUAAAAAAAAUAUUUUAAGAUUGCACACUUCAUGUUCUCUGUGUUCUUCACCUGGCCUGUUUAAAUAAAUUUGCUCGAAAUGAGCAAAUCACUCUGAAUCAACAGAUUUUUAAUUCUGAAUCUACAAUCUCUUUAUUAGAAAGGGAUAGUUGUCUUUAUUUCCUUUGAGCCAUUACAAAGAUUCUAGUUACAGUACAUCUGAUUCAGGUCUGUGGUGGAUGGUCUCAUUAUUAAAAACAGUAUGCUUUAUAAAUGCUGUAUAUAAAUAUAAAUAAACGCACUUCAUUGUAAA